UUGGACUUGUGUAACUGUAACUUUACAAAACUGAGUACUGAAAAGAAAUAAAACGUCCUGCAUGCAGGUGCCAUUCUCAUAUAUACUUCUGUCUGCACCAUGAGGAUUGUGUGGCUCCCCCUGCUCCUAACUGUCCUCGCACCCUCCCGGGGACAGCCCAUGUUUAAGGAUGUCACGCAAACCAUGCUGCCGCCCCACCAAGACCACAACCCGAGCCAGCUGAACUACGGCAUGGCGGUGACAGAUGUCGAUGGCGAUGGGGACAUGGAGGUGGUGGUGGCUGGCUACAGUGGACCAAACUUGGUGCUGAAGUAUGACCGGAACCACAGCAGGCUUGUGAACAUCGCUGUGGAUGAUCCUAGCUCCCCGUACUACGCUCUGAGGGACCGUCGGGGCAACGCCAUCGGUGUUACUGCCUGUGACGUAGAUGGGGACGGCAGGGAGGAGAUAUACAUCCUGAACACCAACAAUGCUUUUUCAGGUCGGGCGACGUACUCCGACAAGCUCUUCAAGUUCCGCAACGGUCGCUUUGAGGACCUCCUGAGCGACGACAUCAAUCUGCAGAGGAACGUGGUCAAUGAGAUGGCGGGGCGCUCCGUGGCCUGCGUGGACAGAAAGGGCACAGGACGCUAUGCCGUGUACGUGGCCAACUAUGCCAGAGGGAGCGUCGGGCCCCACGCCCUCAUCGAAAUGGACGAGGCCGCAAGUGACCUGAGCCGAGGAAUCGUUGCCCUGUCCAACGUGGCCCUGGAAGCGCGAGUGCGCAAGUACACGGGGGGCCGGGGGGUAGUGGUGGGGCCCAUCAUCAGCGAGACCCGGUCAGACAUCUUCUGCGACAAUGAGAACGGCCCUAACUUCCUAUUCCUCAACAACGGGGACGGGACCUUCACGGACGUGGCAUCGGAGGCAGGAAUCGACGACCGCCUGCAGCACGGCCGAGGUGUGGCCCUGGCGGAUUUCGACGGGGAUGGCAAGACGGACAUCGUGUACGGGAACCGGAAUGGGCCGCACCGCCUGUACCUGCAGCAGGACAGCGGAGGUUUCCGGAACGUUGCCACCGAUGCCUUUGCCACACCUUCUCCAGUGCGCACCGUCAUCGCAGCUGAUUUCGACAACGACCGGACGCUUGAGGUCUUCUUCAACAACAUCGCCUACCGGGGGUGGUCUGCCAACAGGCUGUUCAGGGUGUCUCCGAGAGACGGUGCGGAUCCUCUGAUUGCCGAGCUCAACGUGGGCGAAGCUGCUGAACCGCAGGGUCGUGGGACAGGGGGUGCGGCGAUGGACUUCGACGGAGACGGGCAACUCGACCUGUUGGUGGCCCACGGGGAGAGUGCGUCGCAACCCAUCUCUGUCUUCAAGGUGGACCGGGGCUCCUCCAACUCCUGGCUUCGUGUGGUUCCUCGAACUCGGUUCGGAGCCUUUGCCCGUGGAGCCAAGGUGGUGGUGCACGCCGAGAGCGGCGGUCCCCAGAUGCGCAUCAUCGACGGGGGCUCGGGGUACCUCUGUGAGAUGGAACCCGUCGCUCACUUUGGCCUAGGGAAGGACGCGGCCACCGGCGUGGAAGUCUAUUGGCCAGAUGGUGGCAAGGUGACGCGACUGCUCGACGUUAGCGACGUGAACUCCGUCCUGAAGAUCCCCUAUCCGGCGAAAGGUGAGGACAAACAGACCACAGAGGAGACCCAGGUGACACUCUGAGGUUAUAUGCCCCCUUGGGACACUGCUCAGAAGCUGAAUGGCAUUAUGGGAUUCUUCUGGAUUAAUGGACUGCUCCAAACUUAACUGACUGUGCUGCUCUUCCAUAUUCUUCAACCUCUCAACAUGUUUUGGUG